AACUAUAGGGAGAGUGAUGGAGGUGCUGGGAGCCUGGGGCUGAGAAAGUGUGGGAACUGGUUUAAAAAAAAAAAAAAAGUCACUGGCUUUCUCCCAGCGCCCCACCUCCGCUUGCGUCACGUGCCUGAGCCGGCAGCGCUCCCGCUUUCCUGUCCGGUGCGGCCCCGCGUCCCUGUAUUUUGGGUCCGGCCCGCUCGCCGUACGCUCCGUCCGCCCUUAGACCUGUUGCCCAGCAUCCCUGCAGUUCGCGCCUGCCGACCAUGCCCGCGGGCGUGCCCAUGUCCACCUACCUGAAAAUGUUCGCAGCCAGUCUCCUGGCCAUGUGCGCAGGGGCAGAAGUGGUGCACAGGUACUACCGACCGGACCUGACAAUACCUGAAAUUCCACCAAAGCGUGGAGAACUCAAAACGGAGCUUUUGGGACUGAAAGAAAGGAAACACAAACCUCAAGUUUCUCAACAGGAGGAACUUAAAUAACUAUGCCAAGAAUUCUGUGAAUAAUAUAAGUCUUAAAUAUGUAUUUCUUAAUUUAUUGCAUCAAACUACUUGUCCUUAAGCACUUAGUCCAAUGCUAACUGCAAGAGGAGGUGCUCAGUGGACGUUUAGCCGAUACGUUGAAAUUUAAUUACGGUUUGAUUGAUAUUUCUUGAUAACUGCCAAAGCACAUAUCAUCAAACCAUUUCAUGAAUAUGGUUUGGAAGAUGUUUAGUCUUGAAUAUAAUGCGAAAUAGAAUAUUUGUAAGUCUACUAUAUGGGUUGUCUUUAUUUCAUAUAAAUUAAUUAUUUAAAACUA